CAUCCUCGUCGAGCUUCUCUUAGUAAGGGAGGGAUUAAAGAUGCGGUUGCUGCAUAACCAGUGGGUAAUUAUAUUUCAAGACCAAUUGCAUUGGCAUGAGUUCUCCUGAUGAUCCACCAGGAUUGGCUGCUCCGUUUCUCUGUUGCGUUAUCGAUUGACCGGGAUUAGUAAAACUGUGUGUACCUUUUGAAGUGCAAUGCUUUCUUUUCGUGACAAGUGGCGCACGAAUACUCGGUCAAGGACACCGUAACAUGGGAACUCAGGACAGUUCUCCCGCCAAACAAGGCGACGUCUGUUGCUCAUAGGGAAAAGGAGAGGGGGGAGAGAGAGAGAGAGAUCAGUGUAGGAAUUGGUCAGGUGGACAUUGUUGUCUCCUGCUAUCAAUUUCUUCUUAUUUGAUAUCAUCGUAACCGGACACCAUAGCUCCAGAAAGAAGAACUGCCGAGUCUUAUCUUAUCGAUCGGAAGCAGAAGAAGAUCAAGAAGCUGAAACAGAAGGGAAGGGAUGGGGUGGAAGAAGAAGAAGAAGAAGGACAUAAUGAGGCUGGAGAAGGAGUCAGUCAUCCCCAUCCUCAAGCCCAAGCUCAUAUCCACUCUCUCCAACCUCAUCGAGAACAAAGCCGAUCGAGCUGAGUUUGCAAAGUUCUGCCAGAGAGUGGACUCUGCGGUUCGAGCUUGGUAUAUUCUCCAGUUUGAGGAUCUCAUGCAUCUGUACACCCUGUUUGAUCCCGUUCAUGGGGCACAUCCGCAGAAUCUCACUCCCGCAGAAAUCGAUUGCUUCGAACACGACUUCCUCACAUACUUGCUUCAGGUGAUGGAAAAGAGUAAUUUCAAGAUAACGACAGACGAUGAGAUUUAUGUUGCAUUAGCUGCACAGUACCGCUUAAAUCUUCCGAUAAAAGUGGACGAGUCGAAGCUUGACAGACGGCUUCUGACAAGUUACUUUGCAGAGAAUCCUCAUGACAAUCUUCCUUACUUUGCUGAUAAGUACAUAAUAUUUCGGCGUGGUAUUGGAAUUGAUCGCAGAACAGAUUACUUCUUUAAAACGAAGGUAAAUACGAUCGUUGCACGUGCAUGGAGACGUUUUCUCAAGUAUACUGGAUUGAAGAGAAUUUUCUUCAGAAAGUCGAAGAAUCCAUGCAAUAAAUCUCCAAAGGAGCAAGUUGAAGUCAACAUCAGCGCAGAAGAAGAAGAUGAAGGCAUGUACGUGGAGCGGAUCCACAUUGAAAACAUGAAUCUCAGUAUUUGUAACCUGCUGAGCCAGAACACGAUCCAAGAACCCACCUUCGAGCGGAUAAUUGUCCUUUACAGGCGAGCGAGUGGUAUAGACCAUGAACGAAACAUAUACGUGAAGCAUUUCAAGAACAUCCCGAUGGCAGAUUUGGAGAUAGUACUUCCAGAAAAGAAGAAUCCAACCUUAACUCCUCUGGACUGGGUAAAGUUCCUUGUCUCCACAGUGAUCGGGCUGGUCACAGUAGUAAGUUCACUUCAAAUGCCGAAAGCGGAUAUCCGCGUGAUCUUUGCAAUCCUAUCUGCAGUAGUCGGUUACUGCGUCAAAACCUACUUCACGUUCCAGAGAAACUUGGUUGCAUAUCAAAACUUAAUAACGCGAUGUGUCUAUGACAAACAACUUGACAGCGGAAGGAGCACUCUUCUACGACUAUGUGAUGACGUCAUUCAACAGGAAGUAAAAGAGGUUAUCAUCUCGUUCUUCGUACUGAUGCAAAAUGGAAAGGCCAAUAAACAGGAUAUUGACUUGCGAUGCGAGGAACUUAUUAAGAAAGAGUUCAGCAAGACAUGCAAUUUUGAUGUUGAUGAUGCUGUUCAGAAACUAGACAAGUUAGGAAUUGUCUCUCAGGACGAUUCUGGACAUUACUCAUGUGUGGAGUUGAGACACGCUAACAGGGUCAUCGGCACGACCACGGAGGAGGUUGUCCUUAAGGUAAAAGAGGGUUCCUCACUACCUUGACUUUUUCCCGGAAUUCUACCCUCCUCCUUUUGCUGUAGCUUAGGACGUAAAAGGCUGAGACAAAAUUGUUGCAGAGGUCACCGAAAGACUGACAGGACAUAGUCACUACAUUUACAUGCCAUUGUGAUGUAUAUACGGGCAAGAUCCAUCUGUUAUAGUAGAGGGUCUGUACCCCUAAAGUCGGAAUCAAGGAUCCUCUGUAGUUUAUUGCAGCUCUUCUUGACAUCAGAUAACCGUUUUAGGUAAUGUGGCAAACGGUGACUAUUGCUACCCUAAAGUCUCAGUUUUUUACAUAAAUUUCAACAUGAAACUGCGCAAGAA